GGGAGACCCUCCCGGGGGGCUGGGCUGCCUCCUCCUCGGCCUCGGCCAUAUUGAAUAGCCGCGGCUGAGCCGUCUUUGUCUGCGAAGUCCUCUCCCAAGUUCCAGGCGCGUCCCUGGUGCCCGGGCCAGAAAGAGCCCUGGGCAGCCCGUGCGCCCCAACUGGCAGCUGGGACACCACGUUUUCAGCUCGCAGUGGGCUCUGAGCCUCAGGACUGACCUCAACCCGGCUCACGAGAAGUGAGACUCUCGGGGCAGCACUGCGGGGACCCCAUCCCCACUCCCACCCCCAAGACUAGGGGCUUCGUGCAGUUUGGGCUCGUUGGGCCCCCACCCCAGAUUUCACGCUGGAGAUCUUAAAGACCCUCGAGAAAAGCCACGUGGGGGGCUGGUUCCCCUGGGGCUUCCUCCCGUCCCCCGACUGCCUGAUCCUCUGGAGCGUCCCCGACGUCUGCAAAGAUGUGGACCUGGACGUCCUGGUGGAAGCCCUGAAGCCCGUGGGGACCUUUAAGAAGAUCGGCAAGGUGUUCCGCAGGGAGGUGGACUCCACCGUGGGGAUGCUGCAGAUUGGGGAGGACGUGGACUAUUUGCUGAUUCCCCGCGAGGUCAGGCUGGCCGGCGGCGUCUGGAGGGUCAUCUCCAAGCCCGCCACCAAGGAGGCGGAAUUUCGGGAGCGGCUGACCCAGUUUCUGGAGGAAGAGGGCCGCACCCUGGAGGACGUUGCCCGCAUCAUUGAGAAGAGCACCCCGCACCCGCCCCAGCCCCGCCAAAAGCCUAAAGAGCCCCGAGUGAGGCGGAGAGUCCAGCAGAUGGUGACCCCGCCCCCCCGGCUGGUCGUGGGCACCUAUGACAGCAGCAACGCCAGCGACAGCGAGUUCAGCGACUUCGAGACCUCGGGAGAGCGCGGAGCCCGCGGCCGCAAGGGCGCGGCGCGUGGCCCGAAGGUGCGCAAAAUGCCCGUCAGCUACCUGGGCAGCAAGUUUCUGGGGAGCGACCUGGACAGCGACGAUGACGAGGAGCUGGUGGCCGCCUUCCUCCGGCGGGGGGAGAAGAAGCCCAGCGCGCCCGCCCGCCGCCGCGUCCACCUGCCGGUGCCCAUGUUUGAGGACAGCCCGGGGCCCCGGCCGUCCAAAGCCGACCGGUGGCGGGAGUACGUCAGCCAGGUGUCCUGGGGGAAGCUGAAGCGGAGGGUGAAGGGUUGGGCGCCCAGGCCCGGCCCUGGGGCGGGCGAGGCCCAGCAGGCCUCUGCCAGCGUGGAGAGGGUUGAGGUGCCAGGGAGCGCCAGUCAGGGGGCUGAAGCGGGGAGCGCGGGAGAUGGGCUGGGGCCUGAGGCCCCCCCAAGGCGAUGGAGGCCCAAGAUCAACUGGGCCUCAUUUAAGCUGCACAGGAGGGAGGAAGCAGCACCCACAGCUCAGGGGGCAGAGGCUUCAGCUGAUCAGAGGGCGGAGGCCAUAGCUGGCCAGGGGGCAGAGGCUGUGGAUAAUCAGAGGUCAGAGGCUGCAGAUGAUCAGAGGGCGGAGGCCAUAGCUGGCCAGGGGGCAGAGGCUGUGGAUAAUCAGGGCGCAGAAGCUGCAGGUGAUCAGAGGGUGGAGGCCAUAGCUGGCCUGGGGGCAGAGGCUGUGGAUAAUCAGAGGUCAGAGGCUGCAGAUGAUCAGAGGGUGGAGGCUGUGGAUAAUCAGGGGGCAGAAGCUGCAGGUGAUCAGAGCGUGGAGGCUGCGGAUAAUCAGGAGGCAGAGGCGGCAGAUGGUCCGAGAGUGGAGGCUGCAAGUAAUCAGAAUAUGGAGGCUGUAGCUAAUCAAAGGGCAGAGGCCAUAGCUGACCAGGGGACAGAGGCUGUGGAUAAUCAGAGGGCAGAGGCCCUGGUUGUCCAGGCAGCAGAGGCUGCAUCUGAUGGGGCAGAGGCCAGAGCAGACCAAAGGGCAGAAGCUGCACAUAAUCUGAGGGCAGAGGCCCCAGCUGUUCCUGAAGCUGAAGCUGCCCAGGGGGCCACAGGAGCAACCCCAGAAGCUAGGGCCCGGAAACAGGUCAAGACAGUGAGGUUCCAGACCCCUGGGCGCUUUUCGUGGUUUCGCAAGCGCAGGAGAGCCUUCUGGCACACUCCCCGGUUGCCAACCCUGCCCAAGAGAGUCCCCAGGGCCGGCGAGGCCAGGAGCCUCAGGGUGCUGAGGGCCCAGGCCAGAGCAGAAGCAGAACAGGAAGAGCAAGAGGACCUGCUGUGAGGUGGGCACGGAAGCCGUGGAGCACCCUGCCACCUGCCACCUUAUCGGCCACUCAGGGCCUGUCCCUCCCCUUCCUGCACUUGGACAGAGGUGCUAUUUCUGCCUCCACCCGUGAAAAUGGAGGUAGAGCAAGCGCAGGCAGCUCCCCUCCCAUCUCCACCUAACACCCCUCUUUCUUUUCUUGUUAAAAUUUUAUCUUCCAUGCGUUGAUUUUUUUUUUUUAAAUGAACACUCUUUAUAGUAACCCAAGGAAUGUAAAGAAAGAAGCCUGUACAAUGGGGUUGCAUUAAUUUCCUCAAAUGCAACUCUAGGUGCUCAGCCUGAAACCAGGCCUGGGAGUGAGGCGGGGGAGAAAUUCCUUCCUCUCCCCCUUUCUCCUGCCCCUUUCCCCUGCACACCUCACAUUGAUGGCCCCCUGGAACUUACAAUGUGUAAAUAAAAAUGUUUACAAAUUUG